AAUUGGAAUGGACUCAAGUUUGCUGGAUGUGGUAAUCUUGUGCAAUCUUCAGAUCACAAAAGAUGGGUUGGUUUGUGUCUGACAGAUAUUAGGCUUGACAAUGCAACCAACAUAGCACAAUUCGAUCCUAAAGGCCAGAAAACCUACGUUGUGAACAGCAAGAAUCUCACUGCAUGGUUCUCAGUGGAUUACACAGCAAAACAGCUAGCAGAAAAUGUGCAAUUGAAUCAAGCAAUAUACUCCCGACCCCCUUCGUAUGACGGUCUGUAUCCAAUCGCCACUCUUGAUGACAUAAUAAAGAGUGAACCCCCAAAGCUCUGGUUGAAUGUCCAGUAUGCAGCAUUCUACACCCAGCGUGGAAUAAAGAUGGAAGAUUUUGUCAUGAAAACGUUGAGUUCUUCAAGCAUACCCUUCGUUUCAUCUCCAGAGAUUAGUUUCUUGAAGAGCAUCCAUGGGAGAGUGAACAAGGCUAUUACAAAGGUCAUCUUCCAAUUUCUUGACGCUAAUGAAGUUGAACCCUCGACCAACCAGAUAUACAGUUCCAUAGCCAAGGAUCUUGCGACAGUCAAGUUAUUUGCAUCAGGGAUCAUGGUUCCAAAAGAAUAUAUAUGGCCAAUCAAACCAGACAGAUAUUUGGGGCCUCCCACAACACUCGUAGCUGAUGCCCAUAAACUGGGACUGGAAGUGUAUGCGUCCGGUUUCGCUAACGAUUUCAUUGCAAGUUAUAACUACACCUAUGACCCUGCUGUUGAGUACCUGCAAUUUUUAGAUAAUAGCGCUUCUGUUGAUGGUUUCGUCACUGAUUUCCCUCCAACAGCAUCAGCAGCCAUAGCAUGCUUGGCAUAUAACACCGCCAAGCCUAUAAAAGGGCAAGCUUUGGUCAUCAGCAGAGAUGGAGCAAGUGGUGUUUAUCCAGGAAGCACUGAUCUUGCAUAUCAGCAAGCAAUAAAUGACGGGGCCGACAUUAUAGAUUGCUCAGUUCAAAUGACAAAAGAUGGAGUUGCCUUCUGCUCUGAUACUGCCGACCUAAUGGCAUCUACUUCCGCAGUGAGUCAAUUCAUGCCUAAAUCUUCCGAAGUACCCGAAAUUCAAUCUGAAAGUGGUAUCUUCUCCUUUGACCUUACAUGGAGCGAGAUUCAGACUUUAAAACCUCAAAUUGUUAGCCCUUACGUCAACGAUGGCUUUCAAAGAAACCCAAUAAACAAAAACAGCGGUAAGCUAGUCACCCUCUCUGAAUUUUUGGAUAUUGCCAAGGCAAAGGCAGUUUCUGGCAUUCUGAUAAACAUACAGAAUGCUGCCUAUCUCGCAUCAAACAAGGGUAUUGACAUUGUUGGCAAUGUCAGCACUGCCUUAAGCAAUGCAACGUUUGACAAGCAAUCCACACAAGUAGUUAUGAUCCAAUCAGAUGAUACGUCAGUACUAUCCAAGUUUAAGGAUAUCCAAUCUUACAAAAGGAUUCUUCUAAUUGAAGAUAAAAUAGGUGAUGCACCGGGGCCGACAGUCCAGGAAAUCAAGAAAUAUGCAAACGCAGUGAACCUUCCAAAAGGAUCUAUCAUAACAACAUCUGAUUCCUUCACUACCGGAAUGACAAAUGUUGUUAAAGAAAUGAAAGACGCCAACCUCACAGUAUUAGUCCAUCUUUUGAAAAAUGAGUACAUCUCCCUAGCAUUUGACUAUUUCUCAGAUCCUUACAUGGAGGUUGCUAGUCUAGUCCAAAUUGCAUCAGUUGAAGGAAUCGUAACAGCAUUUCCAGCCACAGCCAGCAGAUAUAUGAGGAGCCCAUGUAGCAAUCCUAAUCCUCCAAAACACAGUUUUUCCUUCAUCGCAGCCAACCCUGGUGACCUACUAAACUCCCUAUCUCUCGAAGCAAGGCCACCAGCAGAAGCACCACUUCCACCUCUUCAAGCUCAAAACGUCACCGACCCACCACUUCCAGCACUAAACAGUGCAAGAAAAGCCGACCCUGGGCCCGCUGCUUCCACUUCAACGUCGAAUGCACCUCCAGCACCCUCUUCAGCUGCCUCUACAAAUGCAGCCGUUCGUGAUCUGCUUAUAACGGCCAUUGUGGUCUUUGGUAUGCUUAAAGCUGCACUGUGAUGUUUAUUUAGACCAUAUUAAAGACCUAGCUCUUCAAAUUUCAUUCCUUAGCAUCAGUUCAAUUGUUGUAGGAUAUCUCUAAGGAAUACAUCAGGUGCUAGUUCACACAAGACAAUUAUUAAAACAGUACAUUUAUGUUAGAUUAUUAGAUAUUAAUACAGGACAGAAGUUUAACAAUUUACGUUCUUUAUCCAAGAUGCAUGAACGGUUAAUAUCUAAGUUCAAUAUUAAUGAG